CGUUCCGGGCUGUCUGCGCCCACGGCGGCAGCUGCGGCGGGCGGUGAUCCGAACUCUCCCGUAUUCCAUUCCCGGGGAGCCCCCCGGCACUGAGCAGGCUGCCGGUAGGGAUUUUAGUGGAGACCGGGAUCUGUCGCGAUGAGUUUUCUGCUGCCCAAACUGACCUGUAAGAGGGAAGUGGAUCAAGCAAUAAAAAGCGUGGCUGAGAAGGUUUUGGUUCUCCGUUUUGGAAGAGAUAAUGAUGCUGUUUGUCUGCAGCUCGAUGAUAUUCUUGCAAAAACAGCUCAUGACUUAAGUAAAAUGGCAGUCAUUUACUUGGUGGAUGUGAACAACGUCCCAGUAUACACCCAGUAUUUUGACAUCAGUUAUAUUCCAUCUACUGUAUUUUUCUUCAAUGGACAACACAUGAAGGUUGAUUAUGGGUCUCCAGAUCAUACCAAGUUUGUAGGAAGCUUCAAAACCAAGCAGGACUUUAUAGAUCUGAUUGAAGUGAUCUACCGAGGAGCAAUGCGAGGAAAGCUCAUUGUGAGAAGUCCUAUUGAUCCCAAUAACAUUCCUAAAUAUGACCUUCUCUACCAGGGAAUUUAAUGGGUUGGCCUGAGAUAAGAACUACAAAAAUGGAUGAUGUUGCUGAUCCCUUUUGCCUUUGAGCACUUUUGGCCUCCUCUGAAAUUGUGGGACAGUUUGAGCAUUUAUCCUGAAAGAUCAUAUUGGUCUUCUUCUGAAGACAGAUAUUCUGUCACCUCAUGCUUCUGUCACAAAUAAAGUUACGUGUUCAUGCA